AUUGAGGGCGGGGUUUAUCGUUAUUUGCUCGAGCCAGCGAACACAAACCGCAGUUCCGUUCCUCGGUAAGGUUUAAGCAUCGCCGGCGGCGAUGUCGACUGCGAGUAUGGGCGGCGCCACCAGGUUCCUGAUGCUCCUCGCCACUCCUAUCCCCCCGCGCUGCCCCUCCCUCCUCCGCCUAGCUCGCCUCCACCGCCGCCGCCGUCGCCAUCUCCGCCACCUGUCUCCUCUCCCCUCGCUCUCUCUCCACCGCCACAUCCUCAGCGCUUCUGCCGACUAUUCCCUUCCGCUGGGAAUCAAGUGCUCUUCGCGACAUUUUCAUGCUCAGAGCAACGCCGUCAGAGACGAUCGAUUCUCCGACUCCGCUCAUCCGUGGCCGGAGUGGCUCAAUUUCGUCAGGAGCUUGUCCGCCGGUGGUUAUUUCGGUACGGGGGGAUCCGCUGCAGCCGCGGCGCGGGGGAUUAGAGGCGAGGCUGAGUUCUUGGCGGGCGUGGAACUGCAGGAGGAGUUCGUUCGUGCAGCUGAGGCUGGCUUGGCCUACGCGCGCGAUCGGCCUCAUCUUUUGAGAGCACUCUCGAAGCGAGAUAUAGACGUGCUGGUCGAAAAUGGUGCUCCUUUCCUGUUCAAGAACGCUGAUGAUUCCAUCAGAAAAUUGAGGGCUUUCAUGAGUGCCGACGAAGUUGGUACUGUUGAUGGAAAUAAAGCGCAGACAAUUGAUUUGAUGAGGUUCAUAUUGAGUUAUGCCUGCAGUCCCCUCACACCAGAGAAAAGUUACUUCAGUAACCAAAUUUUUAUUGCAUCUGUACGGAAUCUGCUCCAAGAGAUGGCAAAUUUAAGUCAUACUCCACCAUCAAACUUUGCUGGUUCUCUUGAGAGCCAGUUCUCUGGUGGAUAUGGACAAGUUCCUAGGCCUCGUGGGCCAAACAUUGAGAUGAAAAGAGGUGACUGGAUUUGCCCCAGGUGUAAUUUUAUGAAUUUUGCAAGAAACGUGAAGUGCCUUGAAUGUGAAGAGGCACGACCAAAGGGGCAUUUGACAGGCAGAGAGUGGGAAUGUCCUCAAUGUGACUUCCUCAAUCAUGGGAGGAAUCAAGUAUGCUUGAGAUGUGAAUGCAAGCAUCCUGGACAGAUGUCAUCCACAGUCCCCUCUGGAUUUGGUUCAGGUCAUGGUACUGUUGAUGAUGCUAAUAAAGUUGAUAUUGAGAGGAGGUUAGCUGCCAAUGAAGAGAAGGCACAGAGGUGGUUCAAAAAAGUCUCACAGCUAGAUAGCACUUCAGAUGUGAACAGUGCUAUGACAGAUGAAGAUUUCCCUGAGAUUAUGCCACUUAGGAAGGGAGUGAAUAGAUUUGUUGUGAGCACGAAGAAGACGCCUCUGGAUAGGAGGCUGGCCAAUGCUCAAAACAGAAGUAACUUGACUUCUGAGGUAACUCCAAAUGUUGAUGAUAACCGCAGUUGGGAUGCAAACAAGCGAUUUGAUUCACCUUUUUCCAACUCACCAUCUCCACAGCAAGGACAGCCUGGAGGAAACAAUUCUGGUUAUGUUGCUUUUAGGCCUUUACCUGAUGAUAUGUUUGCCAAGAAACCCGGAAUUUCUGAAACUGAGGCAGACAACAUGGUGACAGGUGGGGCCGCUUCUCUUGCUUCAAAUGCUAGAGAGCAGGGUUCUUCUACUUCUGGAGUCAACGUCACUGGUAAAUCAGGAGCUGGUUUACCACCUUCUCAUGGGCCAGUUAUCGAGACCGAGAGCCAAGAUAAAGAAAGAGGAGGAGAAGAAAAAUCUGAGAGAUGGUUCAGGCGAAUUGCAGAAUUACAUGAUGCCCGAGAUUUGCCAUCUGCAGUUCCUGACCAAGAUUUCUCUGAGACAAUGCCCGUGUGUAAGGGAGAGAACCGAUUUACAGUCGGAAGGAUGAAAGAUCGUUCUUUGACUUCUCCAACGUACAAAAGACGUGCCGCAAUGGAGCAAGCUAGCAAAUCCAACUUUGUUCCCUUUGUUCCAUUCCCACCUGGGUAUUUUGCCAAGAAGGAAAACCAGCAGCCUGACUGGGAAAAUGCUACUGAUAAAGCUUCUUUGGAAAUGGCAUCAACUCUUGCAUCUCCGAAGAAGCUUCCACUGGAGGCAAAUGAUUCAAGUUUGAUGCCGCAUAAUGGCACUGUUCAAUCAAUGGAAAACCGGCAAAUUGAUAGUGGGAACUGGAAUAUGAAACCUCCUGUAGAGAACUUAACUCCAAAUAGUUUAACCAUGAGAAAAGGGACACAUAAUGUUGGGAUGCUGCAGGACUUGAGCAAUCCUCAGACAAGUAGCGGAAGUAGUGGAGGUGCUGGAUUAUUUAAAGAUGGUAGAGAUACAAGAGAGACGACAAAUCAGGUGAGCAGUUCACGCCAACCAUCAGAAAGUUUCAAUGUGAGAGAGCAUUGGAGAGGUAAGAGCUUGGAGGGUUCAGCAGUGAAAGAACCUGAUCCUCUGGACAUGUCAGAGGAGGCAAAGGCAGAAAGGUGGUUCCGACGUGUUGCCCAGAUUAAGGACAUUUCAGAGCUGAGCCAAAUACCAGACGAGGAUUUCCCAUCAAUAAUGCCAAUGCGGAAAGGAGUGAACAGGUUUGUGGUGAGCAAGAGGAAGACGCCAUUAGAGAGGAGGCUGACUUCUUCUCAGUAUAGAAGGAAUCUCCCUGUUGUGACCUCUGAUCCUGUGAAGAAUGAAGAAUAAGUGACAUCAAGUUUAUCCAAUUGUUGUAAUGCUUUAUAAAAUCAUUACUUAACAAAUUUUUUUAACUUGAUAGUUUUUUUUAAA